AAUCCCCCGAAGGUAGUGUACGCCACAGCUUAGGUGGGGCACGGCUCUAAGCUAGCGGUGCCAGCGCUUCCUCGACGUUCACUGCUCGCCGAUCCGUCGAGCUAUCGACACCGGACGGUAUAUCGGAGCAGAGAGAAUUUUUAAUAUUAUCGCAUCUAUAUCGCACCGGGGAAGAUCGUCAGUCCGACAAUCGACGGAAGCGUACAUAAGAGAGAAAGGUGAGACUUGACUUCAGUCCGGGUCGUUCGAGAGUGGCCGGUUUGUGCUACGUGGACUAACAAGUCAGAAGGCGCGAUGGAGAAGGAUUCGGACUCCCUGGCCACGGUUGCCGUCGUCUCGGAGAAGAUGCCGCAAACCCAUAGCCACUAUGCCCCCAGCGAGGUGUAUUCCACCACCGAACCGCCACCGGCAUACAUGAGACCGCCGACGAAGAGCACGGCGGUGCAAAUCGCGAGGAUCGCCGCUUUCACUCUGAUCACGAUUUCCUUUUUGCUGGGAAGUUUUAUCCUGGCGUCGGCCUGGGUUCAGGCCAAAGUCUCGUGCACGCCGGAAUCGAUCGCGGCGAUGCAGGCUGAGCUCCGGCAGCAACAGCAACAAAAUUCUGGAUCGUAUCAACCGCAAGGUGAAUUCCUGAAGCACUUGCAACCGGAGGCUCUAGUACAGGAAUCUGUUGAGUCGAAGAAUUCUGUGCAAAGCUUGGCCGCGCCAACGAAGAAAGAGAUCAAUCCGGACACUAAGGACGUGAAGGUUCACGAAGAAGGAGAAAACAGCUCGAAAUCCGAUAGCGAGAGCGGCGAUGACGACGACGAUUACGACGACGAUGAAUUUCCACCGGUGCACAUUAAACUUCCUCUUCAGUUGGAUCUUGACGACAUUGCAGGCACGCUAAUUCAACAAGCUCGCAGCAGAGUUUCCUGCGUGGUUGAACGACGACGAGCCGACGAGGUGAUGGACGGAACCAAUAACAACUUGGACAACAAUACCGAUCCGCAGCGUUUCCAGAGACUGAGCGGCGAACGAGUUGCCAUAUUUUGCGAAUCAGGCAAUCCGAAUCAGGAACAAGGAGAGCAAGAGAUGCUCACCCCGAUCAUUGUUCCACUGGGCCAUUUGCAAAUUCCUCUUCAGUCACAAGAACCUAAUCCCAACUAUCACCAAUAUCAAAUGCAAGGCCAGUACCAAGUGCCCGAUAUGCAGCAGCUGCCGCUCGGCGACCCACGAGGAUUGAAUCACAUCCCACCGGGCGCACUUCCUCCCGAACUCCGUAAUCUUCCGCACUUGACUAUGGAGAUGCGACCGCCUCGAAUGGGUCCGCAGACGCCCGCGAUGGGAUCACAAAACAAUCCGAUGGGACCGCAAAUCGAAAUGCGCCAAAUCCCUAUCGAACUGCGUCACUUCCCAAUGGAUCCGAUGAGAGGUAUGCGGCCGAUGCCUCAAGAGCCACGCCAGGAACCGCAGCAGGUCUCGGUGGUGUAUCAACAACAGCCAGAGCAGGUUCCCAACACUUAUAAUCAUGAUCAGCAGGAUCCAGCUAUGAUGCCACCUCCUCCACCGCAAGCCGAGGCGCAGAUCCAAGAUCAGAGAAUACCUCCCAUGAUGAUCCCGCAGACCGAACAGAGGCCACCUGCUCCUCCUCAGGCUGUACCCGAAAAGCCGCGCUCUCCCUUCCAAGGUAUUCCCAUCGAAAUCAGAAGAAUCAUUCAACAAGUACCGCUGGAGAUCAAGAACAUCAUCCAGCACAUCACCGGUGAAGCCAGACCAUUCCCAGUCAACGAAGUGCCAGAGGGAGCACGACGUGAAGAAUUUGCAGUGCCAGCAGGACCAUUCCCACUCCCGGUAGAAGUGAGAAAUUUGAUCGAACACGGAAAUAUUGAAGGUCGUCAACGUUCGGAUGGCGACGAACAACAGGAAGCGAAGUCCUUCUCAGGUCAGGAGGACGAGAGCGAUGAGCUUGAAAAGAACUUCCCCGUGCCCGUAGAAAUACGUAAUAUAAUUCAUCAGGUAGUUGAGGGUCGUGCUUUUCCGAUUUCGAGAUUUGCUCUGAGACCUGUUGAGUCCUUGGAGAUACCAGUGGAAGCGCGAGCUGAAGUGUCAGACGGCCAGUCUACGGAGCAACAGCCUGAGCAACAACAGCAGGAACAACAUGAGGAGACACAUAUGAUAAUUCAACAGCAACAACAGCAGCCGCAGCCGCAGCAGCAACAGCAGCAACAACAACAACAACAACAACAACAACAACAACAAGAGCAAUCUUUGCAGGAAGAGAAAGCCCGUCCGCACUACGUGCAACCACGUUCCGUGCGCUCCGUACCGGAAGAUGUUUUUCUUCAUCGUCGUGAAAAGCGCGUGCGCCGUUGCGCCUGCGAUUGCGCGUGUUAAAAAGUGCAGCUGAGUGUGCGCUCGUCAAACGAAACGAGUUGUCAAAAAUCAGUCUGUGAAAUAAAAUUAAAAAAAAAAGAGUUUUAUAAAUACGCGCCUUUAUAAUCUACAUUCCAAUUCAGACAUUUUUGCAAUGAUUUUGAAAUAAUUUUAUAUCAAACAAAUAUUUUUAUCAUAUAUAACGAUACUUGAAAACUGUCGUAAGAAGAUGAUAUUACAUAUGAUAUCAUAUGUGUUUACUGCGAGAUAAAUAUUACUACUAAAAAGGCAUUCAAUUGACGAUUAAAAAUAAGUGUGUUUAUUGAAGAAUAAUAUUUUAAUGUUAUAUUUGUAGAAAUAAUACAAUAAUCAGUUUCAAUACGUACAAAAACGCACAAUGCGUAAUUGACUUUUUUUCAGAAUAUUUAUCCUUUUCCAUACAUCGGCGAAUAAUUAAUAUGAGACAAAAAAUUACUUGAAACGUAACAAUGACACGUUCAGAUAUACACGCUUUAUGAUAUAACAAUCUGUGGUGAGACUAAUAAAUAUAUGAAUGGUGUGAUACUUUUUUCAAGAACUUAUAUUAAUUAUACUGUUAUAUUCUUUUAUAGAGAUAGUGGGAAGAUAUAAUGUGUAAGUACUCCAUGGUUUACAAAUCUGUGAUUUGUCUCAAUAAACACUUUUAAAAAUAUUGCAAGAAUCGUCAUCAGUGUCUACUCAGAAAAAUAUUUACUAUUCAAAGAUAUCAAUGAAUGACGAUAGGAAAUAGAUAAGUGUUGAGCGUUCUAAAGUUUAACAAAUUAACGGUUACAUGAGGUAUACGAUAUACAUAUAUCCAAUACAAAAAAAAAAAUCGGAAAAAUUUAAACUAUUCGAAGAUAUCAAUGAAUAACGUAUAGGGAAAUAGAUAAGUUGUAAUUCGGAAAUAUCGUGAGAUAAGAUGAGAUAAGGUUCUAACGGAGCAAUAUCACAAUACGUAUCACAAUAUGUUUUUGAAAACAUCAGAUACAUGACUUUAUCGAAAAAAAAAAAAAAAAAAAAUGAUUAACAUAUUAAAACUUUCUGUACAAUAAUUGUCUUUUAUAUUUUGUUAUUAAUGCCACAUAUAUUUUGGUUAAUUUUUCUUUUAAUUUCUUUUUACUCUUCUUCAAACGAUAAGUUGUAAUUCGGAAAUAUCGUGAAAUAAGAUAAGAUAAGGUUCUAACGCGGAGCAAUGUCACGAUACGUAUCACAAUAUAUUUUUGAAAA